AUGGCAAUGGAUCACGAUACGGCCAUGACCUGGUCGGAACAGCUACCGGAGGAGACAUUGAUGGCCACUGGCAACGAGGAGGACUUUUCCAACUUUCUAGAGUUCGGGAUUGAUUUUGCCGACUUGGACAACCACAAUGCUGCGGCCGCUGUGCAGCACCAGCAGGCAAUGCAGCAUGCCAAUCAGCAAAUCGCAACUACUUUACCGGACGAUGUUCGUAUGGCUUCUUCCACGACUCAACCACCCUCAUACCCUUCCAUGAUGGGCGAACAUAUAGGAAUUGGCAUGGCGAACAAUCGUCCCGUGGAGGAUCCGUCUUUUCAUUAUUCGCAGGACCAGCAACAACAGCAAUAUCACCAGCAGCUUCCCGCACAACAUCAUCAGCAUCCAGAAAAGCUUGUCCAUCAACAAGGCCAGCAACUGACACAUCCGCAUCCACAUCCACCAAUGGCUUCUCAUCAAUAUCAGGAGGGGCAGCACAUAAUUCCGCCGACGCCCAACAGCGUUGAACUUCACGGUGGUGCGGCACGUUACAUGCAGCGUGUCGAUCAGAACAAUAAUGAUAUGUACGAGCGCUAUGGACAGAUGAAUGACGAGCAGGCCGCUGCUUUUUAUACCCCUCUUGUAUCACCAGCAAUGACGCCAUUGGAGAGCCAAUUCCGCUUACCAGAGUACACGAUACCCGGCGAAUACUUCACUCCUCUCACGUCACCUGCAUUAGAAGCCCAGAAUCACAGCUCCAGCAAUUAUCCUUUUCAAACAACGCAGCCGCAUCAGAAUGGAGGAUACGUUUCGGCCCCGCAUGAUCCAAGUGGACUCACAAUGACCUCUGCCCCUCCAUCGCCGGCAGUGUUUAAGAAACAGCGACAGGGACGUCGACCAUCCACUGCAACACGGGCCGGCGGUCGUGCUGCCAAAGCGUCGCCGUCAAUUCAAGCGAAAAGCUGGAAGAAACAAAGCAGGAAUCCUCAUCUGUUGUCGGACGAUGUUGUCAGUGCCAGCAAUCAUACCAACUUGCAGGAACAAAAUACCAACCGGUAUACCAACAGCGGACUCAGCGCACUCCGUUAUAGCAGCAAUGAGAGUUCCCAGGACUCUGUAUCACCUGAGCCUAUCUCCGAACCGCUUAUGCCACCACCCGCAUUACCUCACAAAUCGCCAGCAAUACUGCCGCAAUCCUCGGAUCCUGGUUCAAGUGCUCCUGCAACGCCGGCGACGUUGAUGAAAAUCACCAACCGACCCCAGCACUUGCAAGAUUCGUCCGGCCAAUUUUCAGGCCAGGCAAGUCUAAUACCGUCCAGUGAGCCUCAUGAUGAGCCAAUGGAAGAUAUGGUAUUACCAGAGGCAGCAGCUGACACUCGACGCCGACCAAGUCGUAUCAAUACUGCUAUCAUUACCAAAGAGCAACCCUCUAAUAAAUCUGCCACUAAUACUCCGUUGAUGGAGCCUCUAUCUCGCCAACCGUCUGGUUCGCUCACACCGGGACCACGUUCGAGUGUUAUGCCGUCACCUAGCGGGCCAGUGCCUAAGAAGUCCGAGCCAAAGGCAUCAACGACUCGUAAAAGACAGAGCAUCAGCUCCUCACACGCCAGCCCGGCUCUACGGCCGAGAAUAAGUCCUAGCAUACAGCCUCUAGUACGAGGAGAUGGCAUGACGAGUGAAUCAUCCGCCUUAUAUCUUGCAUCCAAGUCGAAUUAUCAGCACAUUCUAGACGGUACUGUACUUCCGGGCGUAUCAUAUCCAGAGACUCUAGCCGAGAAUCUCAGCAGCAAACGGACGAACCACAAACUUGCAGAACAAGGACGUCGAAAUCGUAUCAAUACCGCAUUGAAGGAAAUCGAAGCCCUCCUCCCUCCUGACUUUGCACAUGAACGAGCAAUGAAAGAGAGUAAAGAUGGGAAUGGUGCAGGCAAGAAUAGUGAUGGCAAGGAAGCCAAGGAAGCCAAGGAAAAGAGUACACCGCCGACAAUCAGCAAAGCAAGUACUGUCGAAAUGGCAAUUGAUUAUAUCAAAGCGCUCAAGAAGGAAUUAGAGGAGACCAAGGCACAGUUACAAGCGGCCGAGACCAAACUGGCUGGUGGUCAGACUGUGAAACCUGAUGACUCUGCUAAUACGACCGACAAUCCUACGAAAGCCGAAUCCUCUCCAACCAAUUGAUACCAUUUCUCUUCUUCAAUACGAUUUUCUCUCUUGGGAGGCUUUUUCUUUUCUUGACGAGCAAAUUGAUAUACCAUUCCCCGUCACCUUCUCAUCUCAACCGGAUGUCUCAUGAGACUUCACGGCUAUGUCUACUCUAUUCCGACUUCGUCAUCGACCCUUAUCCUUACCAGCGACAGAAAUUGUAUACGCGAAAAGAGGCGUUUUUCCAAGAGACACCCGGAUUGCGGUGUAUAAUGCGUUUUUGAAAUGAAUUUUCAUGAUUUAUUUUCGGUUUGAUUCUUAUCUGUCUUGGACGAAUUUUGUUGUCUCGGUGUAUACGAUGAUGAAUGAUUUAAAUGGGUGGCUCUUUGGCUUUUUAAUCGUCUGAUCGUUUCCUUUGCUUUUCGAUUCGAUAGUUGAUAGUUUAGGUAUAAUAUUUCUUGCUACUGAUUC